AUGAGCGGCAGCAGUGAUCCCGAGCGUGACCACGCUCUCGAGGAGUACAAGGGAAAGCUGUUGGAGUCGAGGGAGUGGGAGGCGAAGCUGAAGUCGCUGCGAUUAGAGAUCAAGGGCCUCCAACACGACUUCGACGUAUCAGAGGAGAACAUCAAGGCACUGCAGAGCGUGGGACAGAUAAUAGGCGAAGUGCUCAAGCAGCUGGACGAGGAGAGAUUCAUCGUCAAGGCGUCUUCAGGUCCCCGAUACGUCGUCGGCUGUCGGUCAAAAGUUGACAAGCUGAAGCUGAAGCAAGGAACGCGAGUUGCGCUCGACAUGACCACGCUCACCAUCAUGCGCAUGCUACCCCGCGAAGUCGAUCCCCUCGUCUACAACAUGUCGCUCGAAGACCCCGGACAAGUGAGCUUCGGCGGCAUCGGUGGAUUGAACGAGCAAAUUCGAGAGCUUCGGGAGGUUAUCGAACUACCCUUGAAGAACCCUGAGCUGUUCCUGCGAGUAGGCAUCAAACCCCCCAAAGGUGUGCUGCUGUACGGUCCACCCGGUACUGGAAAGACGUUGCUAGCCCGAGCAGUGGCAAGCAGCCUAGAGACCAACUUCUUGAAGGUUGUGUCUUCGGCGAUUGUCGACAAAUACAUCGGCGAGUCGGCGCGCUUGAUCCGUGAGAUGUUCGGUUACGCGAAGGAGCAUGAGCCCUGCAUCAUCUUUAUGGACGAAAUCGACGCUAUUGGUGGCCGGAGAUUCUCGGAGGGUACCUCAGCAGAUCGAGAGAUUCAGCGAACGCUCAUGGAGCUGCUCAACCAACUUGACGGUUUCGACUACCUUGGGCAGACCAAAAUCAUCAUGGCGACGAACCGGCCCGAUACGCUUGACCCUGCCUUAUUACGUGCAGGACGUCUAGACAGGAAGAUAGAGAUACCCUUGCCAAACGAGGUCGGUCGCCUGGAGAUCAUGAAGAUCCACGCAAGCGGGGUGCAGACUGAGGGCGAAAUCGACUUCGAGAGCAUCGUCAAGAUGAGCGAUCAGUUCAACGGAGCUGAUCUGCGAAACGUGGUCACCGAAGCUGGGCUGUUUGCGAUCAAGGAUUACCGAGAUUCUAUCAAUCAGGACGAUUUCAAUAAAGCUGUACGCAAGAUGGCCGAAUCGAAGAAGUUGGAAGGCAAGCUGGAAUAUCAGAAGUUGUAA